GCUGCGUCAUCGCCGGUGGGCGGAGUUUGUACAGACUCUUCAGCGGUCAGGUUUUGCCUGAUUUUUGCCACUGUCCCGUCCUGAGAGGGGAGUCCCCGGUGAUUAUUAGUCUUUCCCAAGUGUCUUUGCACCUCCUCUGGAUACGGAACGUCAGCCUGGUUUGUCUCCCGCCCGGCGCCAUGCUCUCCGCGAGGUUCCUGUUGCUACGGUUACCGCUGACGAGCAGGUCGCUCUGCUCCGGUGUUGCCGCCAAACAUGGAAAGACGCCCACCAUGGCCGACGGUUCACCUCUGCAUGUGAGCUGCUGCUCGUGUCGUAUCUGUCCCACUUCUCGCCUGCAGCGCUGAAGCUGGACUCUUUUCUGCUCCCUUUCUUGGUGUUUGGUAUCGUGUGUCGUCUGGAGCCGGCUCGGUUCUGCUGCUGAUGAAGCGUGUGACUGUGUCCUCCCUGUGUUUCAGUGCGAGAUAAGCUGAGGGAAAUCGUUGGAGCUUCGACCAACUGGAGCGACCACCAGCAGGCCAUGGCGGAGCGCGCCUCGCUGUCGUCCAUGCUCGCCAAGUCUCAAAGCAACCUUCCAGGCAAAACGAUGAAGGACAGCCGGCAGGAGGUUCACCUGCCUCUGGGCUCUGAGCCGCAGCUCCGGGAGAAGUACCUGACCUUCCACAACACCGUCAGGUUUGGCAGAAUCCUGGAGGACCUGGACAGUUUAGCAGUACUCAUCUCUUACUCUCACACUUACAACCCGGCUUUGAAGAGGUCUCCUCUGUCCAUCGUCACCGCCCUGGUGGACAAGAUCGACAUGAGGCAGCACAUCAUCUAUCCGGACUGCGACAUCAAGUUCACAGGUCACGUGUCGUGGGUGGGCAAGACGUCCAUUGAAGCUAAGAUGCACAUGUCUCAGUUUAUGAACGGAGCGUACGCCCCCAUCCUGGACGCUACAUUUGUCAUGGUGGCUCGAGACCCGCAGAACAAGAGGGCAGCGUUUGUAAAUCCUCUGAUUCCUGAGGGCCCUGAAGAGGAGAAGCUCCUGCAGGAAGGAGAAGCCAAUAAGGUGAGGCGAGUGGAGCUGAGCACGGCGUCGCUGCUGAAGGUCGCCCCCACAGACGAGGAGAGGAAGAUCGUCCACAGUUUGUUCCUCAACACUCUGGACACCAACACAGUCAGUUUCCGCAGCCGACUCCUGCCUCCAAACUCCGUCUGGAUGGAAGACGCCAAGCUGAAGGGUCUGGAGAUCUGCCACCCUCAGGAGAGGAACAUCUUCAACAGGAUUUUUGGAGGUUUUCUGAUGAGGAAGGCCUACGAGCUGGGCUGGGCCAACGCCUGCUCCUACGCAGGCCGUCGCCCGACUCUGGUGGCUGUGGACGACAUCCUCUUCCAGAAACCUGUGGAGAUCGGCUCCCUGCUGCUGCUGUCCUCACAGGUGUGUUACACUCAGGAUCAGUACAUCCAGGUCAGAGUUCACAGCGAGGUGUUUGACCCUCUCACGCGUCAGCACAGCACCACCAACAUCUUCCACUACACCUUCGCCUCAGACGCCGACGUUCCCAACAUCGUUCCCAAGACUUAUGGAGAGUCGAUGCUGUACCUGGAUGGAAAGAGACACUUGAACCAAACUGUGCACCCCUGAUGAUCUGCCAAGAUUCUCUCAACCAAGGAAAAUUACUGCACUUAAUAUGCUUUUAUACAAAGAAAGUCACUUUGUUGGACCUCUUUUUUUUGCCCAGUAUGUUUACACUGCUGUGUCUGACACAGGAUCAAGAUGGCUGCUUUCCAUGCUUUCUUUUUAUCUUUGCAGCAUCAUGUUACAACAAUGCAGUUUGUAUGUUACAUUUUUAUACCACACUACUGCUUCUACGCACAUUUUCUUGUAUUUAUUCUAUGGUGGUACCAAAGGUGGGAGGCUCAUUUUUUUUUUUUGCUUUAAAAAAAUAAAAUAUAUAUACAUAUA